AUGGCGCAGGAUUACUCCCAACUGGGACCACCUACAGAGACUUAUUUCGUUUGCGCUCGUAAGGAAGAGAGUGACAAACUUCCGGUUGAUUUAGGCAUAUUUUGUAACCUGAAACCUAACCAACCAAUCCAUAACCGUAACCAACCUAUCCAUAACCGUACCAACAUCGUAGUUCUUUCAACGAGUGGCAGUACCAAGUCCAUCAAAACAUUCAGAUAUAGGGGUGAACAACUGAUUGCUAUCUGUCAUGUCAAUGGUAAUCACUAUGAAGCUUUGAGGGGUACCAAAUAG